AAUUGCAAAACUGCAAAUUGAUAUUCCCCGAAGGCCAAAGCAACUCACCGGAAGUUGGACUCCGCGCCGGUACCUCUCUCGGCUUCAGCCGAGCACUACUCCGCGUUUCCGACACCGAGCAGAGAGGGAGGAAGCGGGAGAGAGAGAGAAAGGGUGUCGGGAUUAGGGUUAGGGUUAGGGUUAGGGUUAAGGGUAGGGGAUGGUGGUGGUGGUGGAUCUGGGGGAGUUCGCGGAGGAGGGGUUCGACCCGAAGCGAUGGAUCAACGCGGCGCUGGAGGGCCGGCACCCGCAGGACCCGCUGGACCGCUUCAUGGCCGACGCGGAGGAGAGCCUCCGCUCCGCCGCCGACGGCAUCGCCGACGCCCUCGAGCGCGAGAGCGCCGACGCCCUCCGCCGCGUCCCCCUCGCCUGCCGCGACGUCCUCCGCCUCCGCGACGACGCCGUCGCCCUCCGCUCCGCUGUCGCAUCCAUCCUCAGCUCCCUCAGAGAGGCAGAGGGCACAUCUGCUGAAUCUAUAGCUGCUCUGGCGAGAAUUGAUACUGUUAAACGGCGGAUGGAAGCAGCAUAUGCAACGUUGCAGGAUGCUGCUGGUCUGACCCAGUUGAGUGCUAGUGUAGAGGAUGUUUUUGCAAGUGGGGAUCUUCCACGAGCAGCAGAAACCCUUGCAACCAUGAGACAUUGCUUGUCAGCUGUUGGUGAGGUUGCAGAGUUUGCUAAUGUGAGAAAGCAGCUUGAAGUGUUGGAAGAUAGGCUGGAUGAGAUGGUCCUCCCUCGUUUAGUUGAUGCACUUUCAAAUCGCAAGGUUGAUGCUGUUCAAGAUUUACGUCGUAUACUUAUUCGUAUUGGGAGGUUCAAGUCAUUAGAGCUGCAAUAUACUAAGAUGCACAUCAAACCGUUAAAAAAACUCUGGGAAGACUUUGACUUGAGACAAAGAGCUAACAAGCUAGAGAUGGAGAAGCAUGGUGAAAAUGCAGCCUCCCUUUCUUUUUCUAGCUGGCUACCGAGCUUCUAUGAUGAGACUCUACUAUACCUUGAACAAGAAUGGAAAUGGUGCAUAAAUUCUCUCCCUGAUGAUUACAAAUCCCUGGUUCCAAAACUACUCAUUGAGGCCAUGAGUGAAUUGAAUGCUAGCUUUGUCUCCCGUCUCAACCUUGCAACAGGAGAUGUAGUUCCUGAAACCAAAACCCUAGCAAAAGGAAUUAUGGAUAUCUUGUCUGGCGACAUGCCAAAAGGCACUAAGCUGCAGAAUAAGCAUCUCGAGGCACUAAUCGAACUGCACAAUGUGACUGGUACUUUUGCAAGGAAUCUUCAGCAUCUAUUUUCAGAAUCUGAUCUUCUGAUUCUACUGAAUACACUGAAAGCUGUUUAUUCACCUUAUGAAUUGUUUAAAGUGAGGUAUGGACAUAUGGAGCGUGCGAUACUUUCCUCUGAGAUCACAAGAAUAGAUAUUCGUGGAGCCGUUUCUCGCGGAGUUGGUGCACAGGGCAUAGAGCUCAGCGAAACUGUUCGUAGAAUGGAAGAAUCUAUCCCACAAAUCAUAGUGCUUCUCGAAGCAGCAGUUGAAAGAUGCAUCAACUUUACUGGUGGAUCUGAGGCUGAUGAACUUAUACUGGCCCUCGAUGAUAUCAUGUUGCAAUACUUGUCAAACCUACAAGAAACCCUAAAAUCCUUGAGAACAGUUUGUGGAGUUGACAAUACUACUACACAUAGUGAUAGCGCGAAAAAGGAUGCGGGUUUGGAUAGAAAGGAAGGUGGGGCCCGUUUAAUGGAUGUGGUUUCCGAAGAGGAGGAAUGGUCAAUUGUUCAGGGAGCUUUGCAGAUUCUCACUGUUGCAGAUUGUUUAAGUAGCAGAACAGCAGUUUUCGAGGCUUCUUUACGAGCUACUUUAGCUAGAAUCGGAACAAGUUUGUCUCUUUCUGUAUUUGGUUCGAGCUUAGACAAAUCUCAUGCAGCACCUGUCGAUGAGAAUGCGGAAGUUUUUGCAGGAAGGGCAGCCCUCGAUGUGGCGGCUUUGAGACUUACUGACGUGCCAGAAAAAGCUAAAAAGCUUUUUAAUUUACUAGAGCAGUCAAAGGAUCCAAGGUUUCACGCACUCCCCCUCACGUCACAAAGGGUUGCGGCAUUCUCCGACACUGUGAACGAGCUCGUCUAUGACGUGCUCAUAUCCAAAGUCCGGCAACGCCUGAGCGAUGUGUCACGACUGCCGAUCUGGUCUUCCGUGGAGGAGCCAAGCGCUCUCCCUCUCCCGACCUUCAGUGCAUACCCGCAGGCCUAUGUGACCAGCGUCGGCGAGUAUCUCCUCACCUUGCCACAGCAGUUGGAGCCACUCGUAGAAGGCAUCUCUGGCAGUGAGGCCGGCAAUGAGGAGGCUCAGUUUUUUGCCACAGAAUGGAUGUUUAAGGUGGCUGAGGGAGCCACAGCACUCUUCACGGAGCAGCUGCGAGGAAUCCACUUCAUCACCGACCGCGGCGCGCAGCAGCUCUCAGCCGAUAUAGAGUACCUGAGCAACGUUCUCUCCGCACUUUCGAUGCCAAUCCCUCCGUUCCUCUCCACAUUCCACACCUGCCUAUCAACACCAAGAGACCAACUCCGCGACCUCAUCAAGACCGACGGCGGGAGCCAGCUCGACCUCCCGACGGCCAAUCUCGUGUGCAGGAUACGCCGCAUUAGUUUAGAUUAGUGCUUUUGUUUUCUCUGAUUACUUUUUCCUCUUGAUUUCGCUUUUGCUUUGCAGAAGCUUAUUAUAAAGAAGUGUUGUCAUUUGAAUCUGAAUUGUCCCAUAUUCGUGUUGCAUACAUUUAAUUUCACACAGGAAGACAAUUUGUCAACACUAUAAUUCUAUUAUUAUCAGUACAAGUGUCAAACAAAACUGUGCUGAUGGGAAACUUUUUGUUUA